UUGGGGCUCUAUUUUACAUUAUAUAUGGUUUUGACUGUUUGGGAUGCUUUCAAUGUCUUGUGAAUUUGAAAUAUCUAAGAUCGGUAGUUUGGUUUGACAAUAUGUAUUUAGCAUACCCAAAGUACCUUUAUUCAUAUGAAUUAAAAAAGAAACUUUACAAAUGAAUUUCAAGGAUUCGUAUGUAAUCAUCCAUUUACGUCUUAUUUUUGGCUCGUAAAGAGGUGAAACAAAGGCAACGAAACCGUUCAUAUUAGAGACUAUCAAGAUUCUAAAGUUGGCUUCUAUAUGCUAAACAUCCUAAUUACUCGUUUAUUCAUAAUGGUUUCGCUGAAAACCUCUACGCGAUUUUACUCAUAAACACCUGAAGGCAGACUUUCUAUCAAAGACUAUACUGCUCACCCCGAAAAUAUAAGAGUUCAACAUUCCUUUCAUACACAGUCACUUUUUUAUCUUAUUUUUUUCUUUUUGGUCUAUUAUUUUGAAUUAAAGGAAAAAAAUUUGCUUUUAUAUUGUGUUUUCGGAAUCUUUUGUGAAUUCUUAGACACAUAUCAGUGUUCUUGGUGAAUUGAAACGGGGGACUAUUUUGUUCAAACAUUUAAUAUUUACUAGAAAGCUUACAUGUAUUUUGCUUUUUAACGGCUUUUGGUUCUAACUCGUAGCACUUUUCUGUGUUGCAUGGCAACUUGCCUUGCGAUUAUUUCGAAACUAAGUCAUUCUUUACCAAUCUAGGCCAUAAUAAUCUUUAAUUACUCUUGUUUUUUUAUUUCCAUUUACUUUUUUAUCUUAUAUUCUUUCUCUUUCGUUGAACUAUCCUUGUUUUGUUGAACAGACCAGUUUCCAUGAGUAAUCCAUAUCUGUCUUAUACGACUGAACAGACCUGUUCUGACCUUGACACUGACGUGCACAACGGUCUUUCUAACAUCCAGGAAAUUACGAAAAGACAUGCUGUUUAUGGUGAUAAUGAUUUAACUGUUGAUGAUAAUGAAUCCAUUAUCGUGCAAUUUCUGAAACAGUUCAUUCAGGAUCCUCUUAUAUUGCUGUUAUUCGCAAGCGCUGCUAUUUCAAUUAUAUUAGGAAACAUUGACGAUGCGUUCAGUAUUGCUUUGGCUAUUUUUAUCGUGGUGACAGUGGGAUUUGUUCAAGAAUACCGCUCAGAAAAAUCUUUGGAAGCUCUUAACAACCUUGUACCGCAUUACUGCAAUGUCAUUCGGUCUGGUGUCACUCAACAUAUGGUUGCUACGAAGCUAGUACCAGGAGAUUUGAUUACUCUACAAAUUGGUGAUCGUGUGCCCGCCGAUCUUCGUAUAGUCGAUGCAGUCGAAUUUGAAAUUGAUGAAUCCAAUUUAACAGGAGAAACUAACCCUAGGAAGAAAUUCAGUGAACCUUUAAUGGCUAAUCUGCCUUUAGGUGAACGAAACAAUAUGGCAUACAUGGGCACUCUUGUUCGUCAUGGUCAUGGUCGUGGUAUUGUAGUUGCUACCGGAGCUGAUACUGAAUUUGGGCGCGUUUUUCUCACCGUGCGCGAAACGGAGAAACCAAAAACUCCCUUGCAAAACAGUAUGGAUUAUUUAGGAAAGCAACUGUCUGCCAUAUCCCUUAUCGGAAUCGCGAUCAUCGUUCUAGUCGGAUUUUUCCAAGGUAAAAAUUGGCUAGAAAUGCUCACUAUUGGAGUUAGUCUGGCUGUCGCUGCAAUUCCAGAAGGACUUCCCAUUAUCGUUACCGUUACCCUAGCAUUGGGAGUUUUACGGAUGUCUAAAAAAAGAGCUAUUGUAAGACGCUUGCCAAGCGUGGAAACGCUUGGAAGCGUUAAUGUUAUUUGCUCAGAUAAAACGGGAACUCUUACAAUGAACCAUAUGACAGUAACGAAAAUGUACAUUCCUGGCAUGCAUACACCUUGUGUUAUACCUGAUGGCGAUCAUCUCGAUUUUUCCGUUGAUAAAACUGUCGGUAUGAACAAACUUCUGUUAACAUCGGCUUUAUGUAACAACAGUAAACGACAUGUAAACAAACCUGAAUCAAUCCUUGAUACAACCAAUCCAUGGGCUGGUUUUCCUGUUGAUGUUGCCUUAAUUGAAUGCUGUGAACGCUUUGGUCUAAACGACCCAAGAAGUUUAUACACUCGAUUAUCAGAAAUACCAUUCAAUAGUGAGCGCAAAUACAUGUCUAUUAUUGCCCAUUAUAACUCCACCAAAACUACUUUUAUGAAAGGCGCUAUGGAACAGGUUUUGAAACAUUGCGCUUACUAUACAGACAAUGCUGGAACACAACAUGAAUUGACAUCUACUAUGCGUGAUGAAAUCCGUAAACACGAAAUGGAUAUGGCUAAAACGGGACUACGGAUUAUCGCUGCAGCUAGUGGGAUUCUUCCUAAUAAACUAGUCUUCCAUGGUUUGUUUGGUAUAAAUGAUCCUCCAAGACCAUACGUUCGUGAAAGCAUCCAACAAUUAAUGACUGGUGGCGUUCGUAUCAUAAUGAUUACUGGUGAUAGUAUUGUCACUGCUGUCAGUGUAGCUAGGGCUUUAGGCAUGGCUAUACCAAGCAGUGAUCAAGAGGCGAUUCAAAAUUAUGCAAUCACAGGUGAUCAAUUGGAUGAGUUAGAUGAUUCAUCUGUUCGAGAUGUUGUAUCUCGAGCAGUAGUUUUUGCUCGGACGACGCCGCAUCAUAAAAUGAAGAUUGUAAAGGCUCUUCAAUCGUUAGACGAUGUAGUCGCUAUGACUGGUGAUGGUGUUAAUGAUGCACCAGCUUUAAAACUUGCGGAUAUUGGCAUUGCUAUGGGCCGUCAAGGUACUGACGUUGCUAAAGAAGCUGCCGAUAUGAUCCUUACCGAUGAUUCAUUUGCAACUAUUUUGCACGCGGUGGAAGAAGGAAAAGGUAUUUUUAACAACAUUCGUAACUUUAUCACUUUCCAACUAUCAACAAGUGUUGCCGCAUUGUCAUUGAUUGCAAUCUCUUCUCUAUUUGGUUUACAAAAUCCGUUGAAUGCUAUGCAAAUUUUGUGGAUUAACAUUUUGAUGGAUGGACCACCAGCCCAGAGCCUUGGUGUAGAAACGGUUGACGACGAUGUGAUGAUGAAACCUCCUCGUCCUCGAAAUGCACCAAUUUUGACCGUACAGUUACUAAAGCGGGUUCUUCUGAGUGCUUUUAUUAUUGUACUUGUAACCACCUUAGUAUUCAAAGUGGAAAUGAAGGAUGGCCAAGUAACUGCUCGAGAUACGACCAUGACCUUUACUUGCUUUGUUCUUUUUGACAUGUUUAAUGCAUUAUCUUGUCGUUCCGAAACAAAAUCCGUAUUCAAAUUGGGAAUAUUCUCUAAUCGGAUGUUUAAUAUCGCUGUUGGAGGAUCAUUACUUGGCCAAACUCUUGUCAUCUACAUGCCUCUAUUCCAAAAAAUUUUCCAAACAGAAGCUUUAGGCUUUAAGGAUAUUGUUACAUUAAUUAUAUGCACUAGCUCUGUGUUGUGGGUCGACGAGCUUCGAAAAUGGUAUCAUCACCGAAAAGGCCUUAUUCGAACUAAGAGUAAUUACAUCUUAGGAAACGUUUGACAAUUUUGAUAUUGUUGUUUAAAAUUCUUACCUCGUUAGAUUUAAUAUCCUAAAUAUGUUAGAGUCGGCAAAUCUUUUGAUAUUGUAGGAAACGUAGUUACGCC